UCAUCCAUUUGGUGCUUGUGUGGCCGUGGGAUAGUGACUUGUUGAAACUUGUGCAGAUAUUUUCAGCGUGGAAAGAAGUCAGUGGCUUCUUUUUGUAAGAUGAAUAGUCUCGAACUACAGAAACGUUUAGGAGAUCUCAUAAGAGAACGAAACACUUUAGAGACGCUGAAAAGCGCUGUGCCACAGACGUACUGGCUUUUGGAAAGAGAAAUUAGCGAAAUAGAAACGCUAUUGCGAGACUCCAGCAGCAGCAUUCAAGAUGUGUAUUUUGGAAACGUCAACCAAACACAAAAUCAGACGAACAAGUAUACUUAUAACUCAGUUCCUGUUAAGAAGCGUAUAAAGCUUCCUAUCCCUGCGCAUAAAUAUCCCGACUAUAACUUUGUGGGACGUUUGCUUGGUCCUCGAGGGGCCACUCUGAAGGCUUUAGAAAGAGAAACAGGCUGCAAGAUCAUGAUACGAGGCAAAGGUUCCAUUCGUAAAGAUAAAGAGAAUGAAGUUAGAGGCAAACCUGGUUGGGAACACGUGUUUAAUGAACCACUUCACGUUGUUGUUGAGGCAGAAAUGGAUGAAGCCUCAGCGCUAGUAGCUUUAAACAGAGCCAAGGAGUCCAUAGAGUUGUUAUUAGUACCCGUUCCAGAGGAAAAAGAUUCUUUAAAAAGGCAACAGCUGAGAGAUCUGGCAAUUCUCAAUGGGACUUUCCGUGGAACGAAUGGAAAUGAUUCUUUGAGUCCAACAGAACCCUUAUAUAGUUAUUCAGACUUACCUCAUGAUUCCUUGAACAAGUCAGACAGUCACUAUUCCGGAAAUAAUUUACUUCCUUCCAACACGAGUCGUAUCAACGUGAACAAUCCUUUGCGCAAUCAAGAUAGAGGCAUAGGAGAACAAGGUGAUAGUGGUAUCAACAAGUCUAACAUUCCACGUAACUCUGCAGUUUUUACUUCAAAGGAAGAUUUCGUCAAUGAUGGAGAGUUGUCCAAUUCGAAAGAUUUUGAAGAUAUGAGCAAUUUAGGUGCAAGUGGCCUACUAACGGAUAACAACAAUCAUUCCAAAUGGUCAUUUGCAGACAAACUGACUUCCAAUGGUACAAAUGGUAAUGCUAUGCUUGACUCGGAGCCCAGUUUGAAGUUGAAUGAGUUUCUAAGUCGUAUGGAGAGUCCUUCUAAAAAGACUUCCAAUUGUACUAAGUGGACUAGUUAUGAGGUGCCUGGAAUUUCCUUUGGAGAUGAUUUGGGCCCAGAGUUAGUAUUCUCAAAGACGUUUUCUUCGAGUUCCUUACCAGGUAAUUCACAACCUGGCAAUUCUCUUUAUAAUAGUUUCUUUUCUUCUUCUGAAACUUAUCCAGCAGCACAUGUGAAGAAUGUGUGGGACUGUUCAAAAGAAAACGAAAAGAAAAGCUAAUCACUUUGUGAUGAUGGUUGGACUGCUAGCGUCAGUUUGUCUUAUUGUAUGUAGGACUAGCACUUACAGAAUUGACUGUGUUUGAGAUUGUUUACUUUUGUUGAAUUUCUGUUUCAAUUGUAGCGUUUCGAUAAACGAUUUGUUUACUUACUUACACAAGUGGAUAUGAUUAAGAAGUACAUUAUGGAACGUAGCCUAUGCAACAUGUUAUU